CAAGCGACAGGAAAGUACCUAACACGCGUGCUGUAGACGAGAAACGUUCAGUCGAGACAGAGCUCAUCCACGGGUUAGUUGAUUUUUUCUCAUCCAACAAACAAAAUGGCCGAUUUACCAAAACGUGAUAUUGAAAAUGUCGAAUUCGUUUUCGAAAUCAUGGGCUCUCCCGGCGUGGGCAUUGAUGCCGUCGAUCUAGGUGAUGCCCUCCGUGCUCUCAACUUGAACCCAACCUUGGCGUUGAUUGAGAAAUUGGGCGGCACCAAGAAGCGCAAUGAGAAGAAAAUCACCUUCGAAGAAUUCCUCCCCAUCUACUCACAAGUUAAGAAGGAGAAGGACCAAGGUUGCUACGAAGAUUUCAUUGAAUGUUUGAAAUUGUACGACAAAGCCGAGGACGGCACAAUGCUGUUGGCUGAAUUGCAACACGCCCUCCUGUCACUUGGUGAGCAAUUGGAUGAUGAACAAGUUGAGACACUGUUCGCCGAUUGCAUGGACCCCGAAGAUGAUGAAGGCAUGAUUCCAUACUCCCAGUUCAUCCAAAGAAUGAUGAGCGAUCCAGUUGUCUUCGACUAAACGCAUUUCUUGCCAGAAUGUGUGAUAGACCAGAUCAGCUAUAAAAAUACCAACAACCAGUUAUAGCAACAACCAUUCUCCAUAGAUGUUUUAUUCAUCUCUCUCUCUCGUAUAUAUUUAUUUUAAAUAAAAUUUUUAAUUUCUCUGCUUAUAAAUACACUUAAUUGUAUUACGAACGUGGUGCAAUUACUUUUGAAGAAGGCAUACAUAUAUUAAAACAAAGCAAACAAAACUCAAAACAAA